ACGGAUGCAAUCGAACCCGACAGACGACUCGAGCAGAGUCAAGAUCAGGGCAGCCACUACAGCCGAGUACCCACCCAUACCUGCACCAACCACCGACCACUGGCACUCCCCCGUCCAGUCCACUUCUUCUACUUCUGCAACGACAACUUUUCUUUCUCCCCGCUUUCCAACCCCAACUCCCUCCUCACUUCUCGCAUCACCACCACAUCACGCUUUUGUCGUCAUCAGCGAAAAUAAUCUUAAACGCCAACGGAGACCGCCUUCGUCAAUCCAGCAAUCCAGUAAUCGACUAGUCGCCCAGGAUUUGUCCAUGCAUCUCGACUCAGCACACGCUCACCUGGAUUUUCUCACUUUCUAGUAGCCUCACAGUAAAAGGGUGCGCCCAGAUCACAUCCGCGCAGGUCAAGUCCUGAUCUUGUCUGCCCUUCGUACAGCUGCUUUCGUUGCGGUUCUUGCACGUCGUCACAGCUAUCCCCAGUUGGUGGUUUCCACUUCGCGCGUCACGUCAGAAAAAUAAAAAGGACCACCGUAUUCUUGCUCGCACACACGCCGGCCAGCAACAUAUAUCUCUGGCCUCUCGGCUUCUCUUUUUUUUGCUAGGACUUUGCACUGGCCUACGGCUUCUGCGCUUGUCUUAAGACGCACAGAAAGGACAGUCUCUUCGUACAAGCUGCUCUCUUCUGAGUACCCGGUGGCGCGGGCAAAUUGCAGCUUCGUAACCUCGGUGAUAUACGUCGAGAAGCAAGGAAAGCAGACCUUGGAUGCCGACCUGUUUGAGCCUUAAUCAACGUACUCCGUCUUUCCACCCGUGACAAAGGAGCAUGGUAUUGGCAUAAAACCUUUAAUCAGCCUUCACCGUAUCACAACCGUACUACAUCGCAGCUUGUAUUUCCAAGCCCAACGGCCAAGUUGAUUGCCGACUUCAGCUGGUCUUGCUCGAUUUUCAAACAAAAAUCAUCCAUCAUGUUGUCGUCACAGGCGGCCGUAGCUGAACUAGAGAAGGGCCUCGGGGACAUGCAAAACCUGAAACCGCCCGGUGUCUCUGGCUCGAAAAUCAAUAGCCUCACCAUGCUGUGUUUGAACAACGUCCAGUACGAAUCACAGCUGGUUCAGAAGUUAUAUACCCACUACAAGAAGACACCAAACACUCACAAGCUGGGCGUCCUAUACGUCGUAGAUUCUGUAACCCGCAAAUGGUUGGAGAAGGCAAAGGCCCUUGAACAACCCGUCACCCUUGGUGCACAGGAUGGCACCUAUGCUGCCGGUGUCCAUAGAGUGACUGAACUAAUGCCCAUGUUCAUGAACGCCAUCAUCUCUUCGGCCCCCGAGGAUCAAAAGGAGAAGAUCAAGAAGCUGGUCGACAUAUGGGAAAAGGGCCAGACGUUUCCUCCCGAUAUGGUCAACACCUUCAAGGAGAAGCUGAAUGCUCAUCAACAGCACAAUGUCUCGACAACACCACCAGGCAGUCCCCCUCCCAACCCGCUGGCUUCCUUGCAGGCCACUAGCAGACCUCUCCCUACGCCUACAACUACCGCCGUAAUGCCGUCCAACAUCCUGGAGACCUUAGCAAAUCUUGCCCGCUUGAAUGCGAAUGCGGCUCAGAGUAAUUCCAGCGCGGCCGCCCCUGCUCCCGCCCCGGCCGCAACUGCGGCUGUGGCCCCUUCUCCGGUACAAAUGGGGGUCCCGCAGAUUCCUCCUGUUACUUCUUCCACGCCGCAUCCCAUGUUUGCUACUUCUGGCCAGCCUAGCAAUGGAGCAUUGCCAGCCGGAUUUCUUCCCGGUGUGGGGCACCCGGGUAUGCCGUACUUAUCAGCAUCGCAGCCGGCGGGGCAGUCGGUGAACAUGCCACCGACGAUGCCAUUUGGCUUCCCAGCUCCGGCCGCACAGCUAGCUCAGCCUGUGCAAGUGCCAGGAGCAGCCCCUAGUGCGAAUACCGCUACGACGGUUCAGCUGUUCGCCGCCCUCGCCGCCCAGGGCAUCCCUCUUGACAAGAUUGCCAGUGUAAUGCAGCUGAUGGGUCAACCAAGUGGCACCGCCCCGGCAGCACCUCCCCAGUCCGUUGCUCAGCCUCUAUAUGCCGGCUAUCCUCCUCCUCCCCCUGCUGGCGGUGUAUCUGCUGCCCCUGCAUGGGAGGCCGUGAGACAUGAUGAAUCACGUGAUCGUAAUGGCUAUCAUGAUGGGAUGAGGUCUCCAAAUAGGCCUCGGGGUCGCUCUCGCUCACGCUCGCCGCGGCGCUGGGAUGUCAGGGGGUCGCCUCGAGCCCGCGGUAACGAUCGCUUUGAUUAUGGGCGGAGCACCCCGCCCCGUGGCCAUCCGGAUGAUCGUGGUAGAGACCGGGAUAUGCGUAUUCCCGAGUACCGACAACGGUCGCCCCCCAACCGUAGACAUGAGAGCCCGGGUCAGGAGCCGCCCUCCGAGAAAUGGGUCAAACACGAUCCUACUCUUCCCAAUGGUCACAUCAAGGUGUAUAGCCGCACGCUGUUUGUCGGUGGUGUGACAUGUUCCGAAGCCGAACUCCGCUCCAUUUUUGGUCGCUACGGCGAAGUACAAACGUGCAUCGUCAACAAAGAGAAAAGACAUGCCUUUGUCAAGAUGUACUACCGUCAAGAUGCUGAGAAUGCAAAGAAAGCCAUGGAAGAGAACAGAGGCUCCGACGUCCAGCUGCGGACUCGUUGGGGUGUUGGCUUUGGCCCCCGUGACUGCAGUGACUACCAGACUGGGAUCAGUGUCAUUCCUAUUCAUAAGCUCACCGAAGCCGACCGGAAAUGGAUGUUGACGGCACCCUAUGGCGGAAGUGGUGGCCAACCUAUUACCACCGGUCUUGUUGUCGAGGAGCCAGACAUUGAGAUUGGCGCAGGUGUUUCGUCAAAAGCCAUCAGUCGACGUAUGCAGACAGACAAAGGGGGUAACCAUGGCCCCAAGUCAAGCCGCCGAGAUGAGGAGCCCCAGCAUCCUACUGGGAACGCAGGUGGACCGCCCCCUGCCGGUAACCGCUGGCGGCAUGGUCGCGAGAAGCAUCGCAAUAACAGUGGCGAUGACAGACGCGGCGAUCGGAAUGACAAGAAUGCAGCCAACGAUGACCCGAUUGUGAUGGGCUUGCCUGGAAACAUCACUGUUGGACCGAACGGCAUCAAUUUUCCUCCCAAUUAUGCCUUCACAUCCAACAGCACGUCCAACAACUGAAGGGUUCGGUUCCUGCUGGCUCGCGGAGAUAAAGGCCCAGGGAAAAGCUGAGGAAGACGAAUCUGAAGAGAGAGCACACAGGCGAGGGAUCAGUUAAGGGAGGAGAUACCCCUUGAGAUGGAUAAAGAACCAUGGAGAAAAAAAAAGUUACUGCUAUGGGGCCGGAGGCUAUCGUUAUUUGCGGCGUAUUGGUAUUCUUUUUUCUGGGUCACUACGUUAGUAGAGGGGCAGCGGUAGGGUAUUGCUCUAGGUCCGGUGUAUCCUAUCUGGUUCUUCUUCAAAGCAGAGGGUUGCUUGAUGGUUUUGAUCCUUCCGCAACUGUAUACUUUAUCUCUUCUCUUUCGUUAGAUGUCUCUUGACGGUUUUACCAUUCUGAAAACCGGUAUGAUAAUUGGUAACCUUAGUGAGAACAAACGUACACUUCUUG